CUGCCUCUGGCCAAUCCAGGACUGUCCCUCCACUGAUCUUUUUUUUUUUCCCCCAUCUAGUUUUAAGUGAGCCGGUGUCUGUUGCUGAAGCUGCGGAGCCAUCGCCUGAGCUACCAGGGGAGAGGGAGUGAACAUUGUAGCCCAGCUCGCGCACCAGAUUUCGCUGCCCAUGACAUUGCAACAACCCAUGACGGGAUGGAAAUGCGUUCAGGACGGUGCCUGAAAUGCAUGUAAAUAAGUCGGCGCAAACAGACGAAAACAAGCCCCAAGUUGGUGGAUCCAAGGCAGGAACCUGCUGCAGCCACUCGCCCACGGACUGGUGUUCAGGCAGCAGUGCCAUGAGGGAGGCCAGGUUGUGUUUCAGUGCCUUGCUGAUCGCAACCAGCUUGCAAACGCUCACCGCUUCCGACUUCCAUUUACCAGGCGACUAUGUGCUCGGGGGGCUCUUCUCGCUGCAUGCUGAAACGGUGGGCAAAUCCUAUUUCGCCCACGCAGAGGUGCCAAGAUGUCAGACGUUUAACCUGAAGAUUGUAGGCUACAGCUUCCUCCGGGCCAUGAGAUUUGCAGUGGAGGAGAUCAACAACAGCAGCACCCUGCUGCCCGGGAUCUCCCUGGGCUACGAGAUGGUGGAUGUAUGUUAUCACACCAACAUUGUGCACCCCCUCUUGUAUUUCCUCGCCGACAACCACUCCAAGGUGCAGCUGCAGCAGAGCUACGCACGCUACCGACCCCGGGUCCUGGCCGUUGUUGGCCCUGACUCCUCUCCAGGAGCCGUCACCGUGGCCAACGUCCUGAGUUCCUUCCUCAUCCCUCAGAUCACCUACACUGCAACCACCGAAUCCCUGAGGAACCCCAAACGCUUCCCUGUUGCCUUCCGUACCAUCCACAGCACCGAGCAGAUGAUCAAGGCCAUGCUGCUCCUGCUGAAGCAUUUUCACUGGAACUGGGUCAUUGUGCUGUUCGGCGACGAUGAUUAUGGGCAGGAGAAUCUGAAGCUCUUGCAGUUCUGGGCUACGGGGGUCUGUAUAGCGUUUCAGGAGAGCAUCCCGGUGCCCCGUGAGAGCAAGAAGCUGUCGCUAGAGCAGCAAGCGAAGGUCCAGGACAUUAUUAACAUGCUCCACCAGAGCACUGCCAAGGUGGUCCUUGUUCUGACCUUGGACUUGACGCUCCCGUUCUUCUUCCAGGAGGCCAUCCGCCAGAACAUUACAGACUUGGUGUGGAUUGGCACCGAAGCCUGGGCCACCGAUCCCAGUUUGCAUAGCAUUACCAACAUCAGUAGGUUGGGCACCUUCUUGGGGGUGGCAGUCAGAGAGGUCCCCAUCCCUGGUUUCAAUACCUUCAGGGUCAAGGCUCCUUCCAACCAGACCGAAGGAGCUGGAACAUGGGCAAGUGACCCAGGAACAUGCAACCAAGUAUGUGACCGGUGCUUGUCAGCGGCCAAGCAAAAAGAGAAGGAGCUGAGGGACUCCGGGGAGCGCAUAGACUUCAACGUCUACUCCGCGGUCUACGUCAUUGCUCACGCUUUGCACCGGCUCCUGCGCUGCAGCUCCGCGGGAUGUCACAAGCGGGCGGUGUACCCCUGGCAGUUGCUGCCGGAGGUGCGCCAGGUGGAUUUCUCUCUGCUCGACAACAAGAUCCAGUUCGAUGAGAACGGCGAUCCUCCAAACAGCUUUGUGAUUGUGCAGUGGCGGUGGGACCAAGACAACCACCUGUUCAAGAAGAUCGCUUACUACAGCACCAAGCACCAGAAGCUGCUGUUCGGCACGGACAACAUCUCUUGGCAUACUCCAGGCAAUGAGGUGCCUGUAUCCAUCUGUUCCUACCAGUGCAUCCCCGGGCAACGGAAAAAGCCCAUUGGCCUCCAUCCCUGCUGUUUUGAGUGUGUUGACUGUGAAGCAGGGACUUACUUCAAUGAGAGCGACCACUACAACUGUCAGCCUUGUCCUGCCACCCACUGGUCCAAUGUCAGAAGUCAAGCGUGCUACCCAAAGGUUGUGACAUAUCUGGCCUGGGACGAUCACAGAGCUGUGGUGCUAUUGAUAGUCUCACUGUUGGGCCUUUUAACCACUCUAGCAACACUGCUCACAUUUGCCUUUCAUUUGCGUACCCCCGUGGUGAAGUCUGCAGGAGGUGGGAUGUGCUUGCUCAUGUUGGCAUCUCUGGUCAUUUGUUUCCUCAUCAUCCUUGCGUACGUAGGAAUCCCAACAGCGUUCAAGUGCGUGUGGCGGCAUACCGUGUACAGCUUCUGCUUCACUCUGUGCAUCUCCUGCAUCGUGAUCAGGUCCCUCCAGAUAGUCUGCAUCUUCAAGCUCAUGGCAAAGCUGCCCAAAGCCUAUAACUACUGGACCAAGUACAAAGGGCCAUACAUUUUCAUGGCUGUGGUUUUAGCUUUGAAAGCUGUUACUCUGAUGAUCAACUUUAUUAUCAGCUCACCGGCUCCUGUCGAGUUGCCCUUAGAGGACAACCCUGCAAUAUUGGUGCUGGAUUGCAAGAAGACUCAUGCGUUUCUCGAAAUGUUGGACACUGCCUUAGAUAUGUCCCUCUCCGUUCUGUGCUUCUGUUUUGCCUACGUCGGCAAAGAGUUUCCCAAGAACUACAAUGAAGCCAAGUACAUCGCGCUAUGGACAACUUCCUACUUCACCACUUGGGUUAUACUCUUUGUGGCCAUAACUGCGUACCCAGGGGUGCUGGUACCCUUCUUCAAUGCCCUAUUCAAUGUAGUCAAUUUGCUUGGGAUUGUCAUAGGUUACUUUGGUCCCAAGUGUUAUAUCAUUUUCUUCCACCCAGAACGCAACACGUCAGCUUACUUCCAAACAGACAUCCAGACUUAUACCAUGAGGCAGAAAUAGUCUGAUGACUGUAGCUCAAGAGAUACAGCCCUCCCAUGGAAGAAGUCCCAAUUCCAAUGUUUUCCUAUGUUGGAGUCUCAUAAAUGUGUGAGUCCUGCAAAUUCCCUUCUAAUGGGAUAAUGUUGGGUUUUUUUUAUUUGAAGCCAACAAAGACGGAGAAACAGUGGGGUGGAUGGAGGAGUUUUCACAUAAGGACUAAGGGGACCAGCUGGAAGUCACCAGGUGCUGCACGGCGAUGAUUAACCUGAAGUCAUCAUUCCAAGAAAUUUGACAAUCCCAUUCCCAAACUCAAGGCCCAGGCCAGCCCAUCACUAUCCUAAUCUCUGGUUCUUUCAUUUGCCACUUAAAUCACUGACCUUUAAUGAGGGGAUUAAGGCUAUUGCCUUCAGGGAAAGUAACAUGUGCAAUGACAGUGUCCCAUCCUUUAGCUUCAAUGCCCUGCGAGAAAUUCCCACCGGACUCCCCCCUGCUGCUCUCAUUUCAUUGCCUGUAGAGUCAGGAGCCGAGUGCUACCCUGCAGGUUGGUUGGAAAAUACCUGUUUUGGGCACUGCCAGGAUGAAGUGGCUCUGCCUUCACACAGCUAGACUUCUGAGUCCUCCGGGUCCCCACUAUAGCUCGAUGCUGUGAGGAGCUCUCCACAGGCCGACUGCGUGCAAUCAGUGGGGUCCAAUCCUGUGGAUGCCAUUAUAGCGCAAUGCAGCUGUUAGCAAGGGUGACAAGAAAUUAAGCUCCCAAAUUUUCCUUAACAGGCUACUCAUUUUGGAUACCUCCACUAGAGGCUUGGAAGGCUUUGUGUUGAAAGCUCUGUGCACUUUCAGAUGCUCAGCUCUGCCACAAUAAUGUGGGCCCUUAAGAGGUCUCCAAAAACCUGCACCCCAAACUCAGUAACCAUCAAUAACUAUUUUGUCUCAACCAACCACAGAUAGAUAGCCACGGCUGCAGGUUUUCCAUUCCACCAAACCCAAGCGAGCAAAACAUCAUGGAUAUGUGAACUGCAGGAAGGACACAUCCAACCAUCCAGGCAAGGUAGACAACUAGCAUGGUUAUCCGAAUGAACAAACACACCAGAAAGUAAUGGGCAGCCCGUUCCAGGUGACACAGGCCUGUAGGAGUCUGAUGCUGGUAGAGUUUUGUGCUUCUCCCAUAAUAAAAAAGUCAUUAAAACAGACGUGGUUUGUUCAGAUUUACUCAAGUCUGACAAAGGACUAAGGCACCCAAGAUUUGGGAUUAUGAUAAUCUAGAGCAGAGAUUAGCAACAUACAGUCUAUAGGCCAGAUAGGGAGCUAUUGCAUCCAGCCAACAGAGCUGGGGGUGGGGGGCUUUGCUCAUGCCAUGGCCAGGCAACAGGGAGAGGCAGCAAUGGACAGAUGCACCAGCCCAUUUCAGACCUGAGCUGGCUGAUCUGGCCUGCCACUGCAAAACCUUGCCCACCGCUGAUCUAGAGAAUCCAGGUGAGGUGGUGACCAUUGGGUUGGGCAUCAAAAGCGAGCAGAAAGUGACAACCUAAUGGACAAGACAACUGGUGGACCAGGGAGGGGACGGUCCCACAGCAGAUCAGCAACCCGGUGCAGAACCAGGGCUCCCACGUCCCAGUCUGGACUCCUGCACAACAGAGCGCACUGCCUGCCAUCUCGGGCUCUGCUAGUGACACAUCCCCAGGAUGGUAAGGGCAUCACAGACCAUCCUGAUUUCGGAGCUGCGGAGGAUCCUGUGCCCCAGAACAGCCUGGCUAAAGGCAGGGGCAGAUGCAGAUACUCUGAACCCCCUGGGAGAAGAGAAAAAGCUUUUCCAGCCCAAUUCCCAGACUACAGGGUUUGGAUAAGCAACUUGCUGCCAAUUCAAACUGCACCUCUCCAUCUUUGAGGUUAGCCUAUCAGCUCAUUUAAAUCUCAUUAAGGGAUCGGACUUGCACUCUCCCUCCCCAUCCGGAAGCCAGAAAACCUGGAGUUGCAGCUCAGGCACUGAGCGUUCGGAGGCUGCCUUUGACUCAUGCCUUUUAUGACUUAAGGCCAGGAUGUCAAGUGGAUUUUUAGCCUUAACUCUGAAUUUCAUGGCUUUUGUGACUUUAAAUCAGGCCCCUAAUGCUAUUUCAACAGCUCUCUUUUUGAAGCUGAUAAACGUGUCUGUGUGCGUUUGGGGGAAGGCGGGAAGAUGCGGGGACGGAGGAGAAAGUUCCCAACAUUUUCAUUGGGCCACGAUGCCUUCCUCUGUCUGCCCAAGACGUUCGAACUCUCUGCCCAGGAUGGGGGGCAGAGACCCUGCCGCCCCCAGGGAAGGGGAAGGAGAGUGGGGCCUGGUGGGUUGUCUUUACAGGAUCUCAAGGCACAAUUCCCAUGUGUCCGAAAGGCAACGAGUCAAGGGCACAUCUCAAGCACAUUUCCAGUCCUCCCCUGUGGCGGUCACCACCCUUCGACUGACUUCUACCUUCUCCCCUGUGCUCCCACGCUCCUUUGUAUCAGAGCAUCCACAGUUGUUCAUCCUCAGCCCCACACCUCCAAGACACGCUGCUGUCUGGGGAGGUGGGGAGGAGUGGGGGAGUUGCACCAACCAAGCUCUUCUACUCUCCAGGAAAAAGGGAAGUGGCAGAUUUUUCCAUAUAAUAAUGUAUAGAUCCAUCUGCUUUCGGUUAGCGGCUCUGACUGAGGCUAAUUGGCAGAUCAAACCAUCUGAUGUACCAUGUUAGAUAAGUAGUUGUAAGAGCCCAGAUUGAGUACGACACUUCUUGGAUGGAUCCCAAAAACCAGUCCUCCGCCCGCUUCCUUCAGCCACACAUUGCUCCGGGGUGCUAAUACAAACCACAUUGAACACACAGAAGCUGAAGGGAUAUGAACAAGUGUCAAAACACUUUGAACUGCUCCUGGCAAAGGGCCCUGCUAUAUGCUUUGCACUGAAUGGACCUUUGUGUUAGGUCUCUUGAAAAGCCAGUGAAAGCUAAGAUUGAAAGUGAAGCUAAGAGGGAAGAAGGAGUAACCUAGACCUGGUAGGAUGAGAAAGGCAAGUCAGAGAGAUGGGAAAAGAUGCAGCUAAUUCUUCUGUAGCACAAAUGGAUGCAGAGGUAAUUUAAUCUUUCCAACAAACGGAGGAGCUUAGGUUUUCUGCCUUGUCUUUGGCUUUGCCUUCAGUGAGCUUCCAAGAAAUCAUGAAUCAGGCACCAAAAAAAACUCACAAGAUUUUUAAUGACACAUUAAAAUCAUAUUUUAAUGGGUUCAUCUCAUUUGCUCUCUGGGGUUUUGAACAGUUCAUUAGGGUCACAUUGAUCAGCUUGUCACUGCAAUCAUGACGGCCAGAAAUGCUCUCCCCUUCAAAGUGAGAUUCUCACCUAUUCACACGACUCCAGAAGUUGGUGCUGCAAGGAAAAUGCCAGGUAUUGAGGGACCUGCAGUAAAAGGGAGGGAUCUAGCAAUACUGUCAUGAGCAGAUACAGCCAGGGAAGCAGAUUAGCAAUUCAAGUGUCAACACCGUGGUUAUUUAGAUGCACAGAUAUUAAGCAGCUAUGAAAUCAGUCCACACUACGGAAGUGCAAAGGGCAGAAAAGUCCCUGAGAAGCUGGCACGGUGUCUGAGUGCCCAAGAACAAAGCAGGCAAACCCCAUUAUCUAACUAAAACUGUAGGUAAAUCAGCAGAAUCAAGCUGCAAAAUCAAGGGGUAUAGAAGGGAUGUGGACAAGGUGGAGAGAGUCCAGUGGAGGGCAACCAAAAUGGUUUGGGGGCUGGGGCACAUGGCUUGUGAGGAGAGGCUGAGGGA